AUGUCGGUAAUGGGCACUCCCGCCAUCCACCUGUCCAACUUCUCCCCCGCGCCCGCCACCUUCGACGGGCUCGCGGGGAGCAUUCUGCAGCAGGCGGCGGAAAAGGCGCGCGUGAGCCGGCUGCGCGACGACGAGCGCGGAAAACAGAUGGGCGCGGCGGAGGGCUCCUCGGGGGGCGGCAACCAGAUCCCCGUGGGCGUGGUUGUCGGCGGAGGGGGCGGCGGAGGGUUCGGCGCAGGGAGCGCGGGGGCGGGGAGCAGCGGAGGGUCGGGGGAGGGGCAUGAGGGGAAGGAGCUGAAUAAGAAGUUCGGGUAUGCGCGGAACAUUAACGCUAAGUACGAGUUGGAGCACGAGGUGGGGCGCGGGCACUUCGGGCACACAUGCGCGGCGACGGGGAAGAAGGGGGAAGUGAAGGGCGUGCAGUGCGCCAUCAAAGUCAUUCCCAAGGCCAAUAUGACAACAGUGAUAGCGGUGGAGGACGUGAAGAGGGAGGUGCGGCUGAUGCGCGCGCUGGGCCCACAGGAGUUCGCCGUGCGCUUCUAUGAUGCCUAUGAGGACCAACUCAACGUGUACAUAGCCAUGGAGUUGUGUGAGGGCGGCGAGCUGCUUGAGAGGCUGCUGCAACGGGGAGGCAAGUACGGUGAGCACGAGGCGAGGGAGGUGAUGCGGCAGAUCCUCAACAUCAUUGCGUUUCUGCACCAGCAGGGCGCCCAUCGUGCACCGCGACUUAAAGCCCGAGCCAUCGACUUCGGUCUCUCCGACUUCGUCCGGCCGGACCAGAAGCUCAACGACAUCGUAGGCUCGGCGUACUACAUCGCCCCGGAGGUGCUCCACCGAGCCUACGGCACCGAAGCUGACGUCUGGUCCGUGGGAGUCAUCGCCUACAUCCUCCUGUCCGGGUCCCGGCCCUUCUGGGCGCGCACGGAGUCGGGUAUUUUCCGCGCCGUGCUGCGGCUGGAGCCGAACCUGAUAGACGCGCCGUGGCCGGCGGUGUCGCAUGCUGGGCGGGACUUUGUGCACCGCCUGCUCACUAAGGACUACCGCCGGCGCCCCACUGCCGCCCAGGCGCUCACGCACCCGUGGAUCCGCAGCAGCAGUGCGCGAAUCCCAUUGGACAUCGCGGUGUACAAGAGCCUGCGCGCCUUCUUCUCCUUCUCUCCGCUGCGCCGCGCCGGGCUCAAGGCGUUGGUGCCAACGUUGACGGAGGACGAGUUGGUGUAUCUGAGGGCGCAGUUUGGGUAUUUUGACGUGGACGGGGACGGGCUCAUUGACUUCAACGACCUAAAAAACGUGAGCAUUGACUUGCCGCUGAACGUGUUUCAGCUGGAGGCGCUGCCCAACUGGCCUGAGCGGGCACGCGUGGCGUACCAGACGUUCGUGCGAGGGGGCAAGGCGCACGUCACCAUUGAUGAGCUCGUCAAGGAGUUGGGGCAGGUGGAGUCGAUGGCCAACGCGGCUCUGUUAGACGAGUGGACCAACUUCGAUGGCACGGUGAGCUUCCUGGGCUUCACGCGUCUGGUGCACGGCCCCUCGCGCGCGCGCAAGCAGCGCCACGUGCGCGCCAAGCCCAAGCCCUCCGUCUCGCCCACGUCUUCCGGGAGACAGCAGCAGGCGGUGCCACCACAGGCAAGUGGGGAGGCGGGGGGUUUGGAUGCGACAGCAGCAGUGGCCGGGCUGGGAAUCCCCAUGUUCCAGUCCUACUCGCAGCAACAGCAGCAGCAGCAGCAGCAGCAGCACCAACAGCACAUGGGGGCAUUGGGGGAAGGGGGAAGGUCGGGGGGAAGUGCUUCUGGGGGAAACAGAUUAGGGGCCAGCCGACUUGGGGGGAGCGGGUCAAGGGGAGAUGCGAUGAGUGGGGGGACGGGAGGGAGUGUGAGUGAAGGGAUGGAUGCACAGAGAGCAGUGGGGGAGUACGGAGGGGGGGAUGUGGGGAGUAGCCAUGGGGAGGAUGAGGCGGCGGCAGUGCAGCAAGCGAAGGGUGUGGGAUCGAGUCCUGGCGGUGUCAUAUCGGCAGAAGAAGCAGUGGCGGCGGGAGGGCUGUGA